AAAAAAUUUUGUUUCCUCAAAUAAAAAAUAAAAUGAGCGAACACGACUUCUCGUCAUCUCAAUCCCCAGAAACAAAGGAGAUUGUCUAUGAAAAGUUUGAGGAAUGGUGUAAGGAGAACGCAAUCGAGGAAAUAACCGAAGACGUUUUGCUUUCAUAUUUUGAAUUACAAUGUGAUAAAAACAAGUCAACUUUAUUUGCAAUUUUGAAACAUUGUCUAAGUUUGUAUAAAGAUGUUGACAUUUCAAAGUAUAAUCGACUACAAGCUGCAAUUUCCGUCGACAAUCUAAAAUCGUAUGCUACUUACCAGAAACAAUAUAAAAAAUUCAAGGAUUGGUGUAAGGAGAACGAAAGCGAAGAAAUAUCCGAAGAUGUUUUGCUUUCAUAUUUUGAAUUACAACGAAAUAAAUACAAGCCAUCGACUCUAUGGUCCACCUUUUCGAUGUUAAGACAUUGUCUAAGCUUGUAUAAACAUGUUGAUAUUUCAAAGUACAGUCGACUUCAAGCCUUGUUAAAAUGCACGUCAGAAGGAUAUAGCCCAAAAAAAUCAAACACUUUGGAAGAGGAAGACAUUCAUAGAUUUUUACAAGAAGCCGAUGAUAGAAUGUACUUGGCGAUGAAAGUCAUUUUGAUUAUGGGAUAUCACGGGGCCUGUAGACGAGAGGAACUAACCAAUAUGUCAAUUGACGAUAUUGAGUUUACACCAAAUUCGAUAAUAGUCUCAGUCCCUCAAACAAAAACCAGUUCAAUUCGAAUUUUUACAAUAACAGAUGAAUACUGCAUACUCAAAAUUAAGAAAUACGCCGAUUUAAGGCCUUCAAUAGUCGCACAUAAACGAUUUUUUCUCACUUAUCGGAAUGGACAUUGUGUCCAUAGCCCAAUUGGUGUGAAUACCAUGGGCAAAAUACCCAAAGAAAUCGCAGCUUUUUUAAAACUACCCAAUCCAGAACUCUACACUGGCCAUUGUUUCAAACGCACAAGCACAACCCAUUUGGCAAAUCGGUUCGGUAACAUGUUACUAGUCAAACGACAUGACACGUGGAAACCCGAGAUUUAUAUUAAAUCAGAAAACGACACGUGUCAUGAUUCGAACUUGCCUGGGUGCUCUGGCAUGUGCACCAUUAAUAGUUAUUUUACGGUCACUAGUGAUUUUUACAACGAUAUCAUUGUUCAAGAAUUUCAAGAACCGGCGAAAGAUGAAACAGAGGAAGACAUCUUGAAUAAAUUCGAAAACUCGGCUACACCAACUGACAACAUUGAUGCGCAAUUGGAAGAACGAUUACUAAAUGAUGAAGAUGAAGAGAAGAAAGUGAAGAAGAGUUUGGAAAAUGAAGAGUCCCAAAACGAAGAAGUGAAAUCUCAAAGUGAAGAGGUUAUCGAAAAUACUCCAAAUGGUAUAGAAACCGAUAGUCCAAGUGAGAGUGUGGCUGAAAAGCCAACUAGCCCCUCUGGUGGUGAAGAAAUCGAAGCAGACAAGUUAUCCGCACAAGUGAACGGUCUAAUAAACAGUCUUGAGGAAAAAGAAGAACAAAACAAUGACAAAACUUGUCCACCAGUCGUUGAAGAACCCAAAAGUGAUAAUUCCAGUAGUUCCCCCAAGCUACAAAAUGAAGAUUCCGAAGACUUGUUUGACAUUAGCAUCAUUCGAGAUGCAGCUGAAGAUAAUGCAGAAAGUGCAUACAAUGAAGCACAUCCAGUUGAAGAAAACGAAGAUAGUGACGGAAAGGUUGAAGAUGAUGCUACCAAUGAGAAAGCAGCUGAAGAGAUAGAAGUCGUGGAAGAAAUGGAAAUUGAACGACAAGAAUUGGAAAUUGAAGAAACUAAGUUGGAUUGUGAGAGUGUGAAAGAAACUAGUGAUGGGGAAAGUGAAAAUAAGACUGAGACUACUAACAGUGAGGAGAAAAUUUGUGAUAAUGUUGAUAAGAGUGAGAACGAGUGUAGGUUGGAUGAAGUUACCGGAAAGUUGAUGAAUGGGGAAGUGGAAGAAAAAGAAGAGGAGAAAGAUAGUGAAGCUGAUCAGAAACGGAGGUCGCUAAAAAGGGUCAAUUCUGAGGAGGGGGAGCAUGGGAUCGCGAAAAAAUCCCGAACAGAUGAUGAGUUUCAGGAAAAACUGCCAUUAAAAACACUGCUUUCGUUAUCCGAGUUUAUGAAAACUAAGAAAAAACCAACAAUGCAUGAUUUAGAGGAGUUUUGUGUGCAAAAAAUUUGCGAGGCUAUAGUCCAUAAGAGUGAUUUAGGUGAUGUUCACCACCAAUUAAAAGUCCAAGAACAACUAAUUGAGACAAUGAGGAAGGAAAUCCUCCAACUUACAAAACAAGCCCGCGAUUUGGAAAUCGUAAAUAAGAAAUUGAUGAAUGAUUUGAAACAACACAAUACAACACAGAAACCUUUAAGUCCGUUGAAAAUCACUCGAUCGGUGGGAUUACAAGUGAAAUUCACUCCAGUUUCAAGUUUUGAAGCUAAACGAAGAGCAACAACAAAUCCGCCAGUUCCGAACCAGAAGGUUCCAGUUCCAGUUCCAGCAGCUAGAAGUCCUCGAAGUGCCCCUACCCCAGUCCAAAACCCCCCAAAUCGCCAAUGUACGUUUUUGUUGGUUUCUCAGGCUACAACUCCUCAGAAACCUCAACAGCAGUCCAAACCUGUCACUCCUUUACUAUCGCAAGCUCUACGAAGAGUCAAUGACACCCCCAAGACUCCCCCUCAAGUAGUUCGAGGCAAGCAAGGGGGUGGUUCAGCUUCGGUCAUCGAUUUAACCGAUGAAGAUGAUAAAAAUAAAUCGCCGAAUAAAAUGGUUCAGAAAAAUGUUGCAGUUCCUUUGAGACCAACCCCAAUGCGAGUGAAUGCACAACCUACUCAAGGGAUUAGAUUAGCGACUUCGCAUGGGAAAGUGACUCCGAUCACUUCAGUUGUGACGUCAAGUGCCCCCCAAGUGAUGUAUGUUGUGCAAUCGUCGCCCCAAAAUGUCUUGAAUUCGACUUUGGGGCAAAAAGCGGUUGUUGUCAACUUCCAAUCAGCCAAUGGUGUUUUAACUUCGACUUUGAACGGGUCUGCUGUGUCUGUCAUCCCGAAACAGGGGAAUACCAUACAGUUAAAGCCCGUUCCUGCGACUAAAGCCAUCAAAAUGCCAAAUAAGCAUCCUGCCCCACUGCCGGUACCACCACUGAUUCGAAUUGGGGCCGAUAAGCCCCUCAAGCCUAUACCACCGAAGCCACACUUGACUAUUAGAAAAACAGAUACGGGAAUUAUUCUUCAGUGGAAAAUGCCCUAUGAGCUGGACAUGUACGAAGUUAUAGCCAGUUAUCAGUUAUAUGCAUAUCAGGAGACUAGUGCGUCGCCUAGUACGGACAUGUGGCGGAAAGUGGGUGAUGUGAAGGCGUUAGCGCUUCCAAUGGCGUGCACUUUGACGCAGUUUGCUGAUAAAAAUAAGUACUAUUUCGCGGUACGGCCUGUGGAUAUUCAUAAAAGAAUCGGAAUGUUUAGUGACCCCGAGGAGAUUUCGUUGUAAAUAUUACUGUAAGAUGGAUAUGUAAGCAUCAAUCAUGGUUAAUUUCAUCUAUAAUUUAUGUUUCUACCACUAUGGAAUUCUAUUAUUAAAUUGUCAAACAGUUAGAAGA